CCUCGAUGAUCGGAUGGCUAUAGAGUAAGGUUUUCGGAUUUGGCUACACAAUUGCAUACUACAUUUUGUCGACUCUAAAUCAUGGGGCAAUGCUUCUCUGAUGUUAACGGCGGUAAGCAGGCGGUUGGUGGAGCCACUACCGCCGCCGCUUCUGGCCCAAACGACGCCGUCGACCACUUCUUCAGGGCUAGAGGACAACACAGUCUUAGCACUCAAAUUGAGCUGUCUCUAUCGGCUUCAAAGCUUCUCGAUCUCGAUUUUACAUCCAAGAGUGAUCCUAUGGCAGUGGUUUACAUGAAGAGAAGGGACGGGAAGCUUGAAGAGAUUGGCCGCACUGAAGUAAUAUUGAACAGUCUAGAACCGAGUUGGAUUCAGAAGAUAAAUAUUGCGUAUCAGUUUGAAACUGUUCAAAUGCUAACAUUUCGCGUGUAUGAUGUCGAUUCUAAAUAUCACAAUUUACCUGUGACGACACUGAAGUUGCAAGACCAAGAUUUCCUUGGUGAAACUACUUGUGCUGUCUCUGAGAUUAUUACUAAACGUGACCGGAGUUUGACCUUGAAUCUGCGUAAUACCAACGGAAUUAGAGGUUCGGGAAAUAAGGGGACAUUAACUGUGCGUGCAGAUGAAACUGUUGCUUCAAGGAAUGCCAUAGAGCUUAGAUUCCGUUGUUCAGCGCUAGAAAACAAAGACACAUUCUCCACAAGUGAUCCUUUCUUAAGAAUCUCUAGAGCUUCUGAGAACGGAGGUUAUAUUCCUAUUUGUAAGACUGAAGUCGUGAACAACAACUUGAAUCCAACAUGGAAACCUCUGUGCCUAACCAUGCAACAAUUUAUGAGCAAGGAGAACCCCUUGCUUAUUGAGUGUUUUGAUUUCAACACCAAUGGAAAUCAUGUACUGAUCGGAAAAGUGCAGAAAUCCGUUGCAGAAAUUGAAGCCCUUCACCAAAGUAGAGCUUGUGCUAAUCUCAUCUCACCACCUUCUGCAUUCAGGCACCAUGAGAAGAUUAUGAAAAGUCAAAUUUUUGUCGAUGGAUUUGUCGAGAAACAACUGUAUAGCUUUAUUGACUACAUCUCCAGUGGAUAUGAACUCAAUUUUAUGGUUGCUGUUGACUUCACUGCUUCGAAUGGAAAUCCCACAACUCCGGGAUCUCUGCAUUACAUUGAUCAUUCAGGUCGCCUCAAUGCCUACCAGCAGGCUAUAAUGGAGGUCGGGGAGGUGAUACAGUUCUAUGAUUCAGACAGACGCUUUCCUGCUUGGGGAUUUGGUGGGAUAACACCCAAUGGAUCCGUAUCUCACUGUUUUAACUUAAAUGGAAGUCCAACUGAUUUUGAGGUAGAAGGUGUCGAAGGUAUUAUGGCUGCUUACUCGGCCGCUCUACACAACGUCAGUCUCUCUGGACCUACGCUAUUUGGCCGAGUUAUAGACAAGGCUGCAGAUAUCGCUGGUCACUCUCUUUCUUGUAAUCAAGCCAAGUAUUACAUUCUCUUGAUUAUAACAGACGGCGUGGUAUCUGACCUUAACGAAACCAUAAAUUCCGUGGUGAAGGCAUCUGACUUGCCCCUCUCUAUCCUCAUCGUUGGAGUUGGAGACGCAGAUUUCAAGAAUAUGGAAAUUCUUGAUGCUGACAACGGACGGCGAUUAGAGAGCACUAGCGGAAGGGUGGCAACGCGUGACAUUGUUCAGUUCGUUCCAAUGCGCGAAGUGCAUGCGGGGCAAAUAUCCGUGGUUCAGUCUCUUCUCGAAGAACUGCCGUCACAGUUUCUGAGUUACAUGCGUUGUAGAGAUUUCAAGCCCCUCAAUGUUCCUCAGUUUUAGAUCAAAUUCGAAACCAAGCUAGUCUACAUCACUUUGCACUUCACAAUUUUAUUGUUGAAAUGGAGUUGCUGUAGUUAAUAUGGAGUAACUAUAUUUUCAUUUAUAUUUUCAAAGAGUGAUAUUAUCU